AUGAACUUCUCCACGAGGCUCGCUGAGAAACUUCCCGGAAUCUUUCCGGCGCCGUCGUCUCCUCUCCUGCGUAAAGGAGUCCCUGAGAUAAGAUUCUAUUCGAUUGCUAACCACAGUAAACGAUUGAGAUGGGGAUUGCAAAAGAAGAUGUUUUGUAGUUUACAGAGAGCAGAAAUCUGUGUAGUGAGCAAUUCAUGCAUUGUUCAUCCCGCAACCGAAGCUUAUGCACAAGAAGCUAUCGAAGCAAUCAAAUCCGAGAAAGUUAUCGCUGUGCCUACCGAUACGCUUUAUGGAUUCGCUUGUGAUGCUUGUUCUUUAGAAGCUGUUAACCGGAUAUAUGAGAUCAAAGGUCGUAAGCUUACAAGCCCUUUAGCCAUCUGCGUUGGCGAUGUAUUAGAUAUCAAGAGAGUUGCUACCACAAACCACUUACCUCACGGUUUACUUGAUUCUCUCUUGCCCGGUCCAGUCACUCUCGUACUUCGGCGAGGUGAAUCAAGCAUUCUUGAAAAGUCCUUAAAUCCGGGGAUUGAUACUAUUGGGGUACGGGUUCCAGACUGUGAAUUCAUUAGAGAAGUAUCGAGAGGUUCAGGUAGUGUGUUGGCUCUUACAAGUGCUAAUCUAAGCGGUGAUAGAAGCAGCGUUUGCGUAAAUGAUUUUGAGAAUCUUUGGCAGCAUUGUGCUUAUGUCUAUGAUGGUGGUUUGCUUCCAUCGGGUCGCGCAGGAUCCACAAUUGUCGACGUGACUAAAGUCGGAAAGUAUAAGAUCAUUAGACCCGGAAGCGCGAAGGAAGCAACAGUGGCAAUUCUUGAAAAGUAUUCGCUCGAAGAAGACGGUUAA